AUGGAUGACCCAGAAGAUCAGAUAGCAAUAGUUGGAAUAGGAUGCAAUUUCCCAGGAGGGGAGGGAAUUGAUAACUUUUGGAAAGUUAUUAUUGAGGGACAGAACUGCACAGUUGAGAUACCUAAAGAAAGAUUUGACACCAAGCACUGGUAUGACUCAGAUUAUAACAAGCCAGGCAAAAUAUGCACCAGCCGAGCAGCUAUUGUGGAAGGAAUUCAUAUGUUUGACAACAAACUUUUUGGAAUCCAUAAUUCAGAGUCUGAUCAAAUGGAUCCACAGCACAAAUUACUACUGCAAUGUACAUACAGGGCUCUGGAAGAUGCUGGGUAUCCUAUGGAGAGUAUCGGAGGAACUGAAACUGGAGUCUUUAUAGGUCUCAUGAACAAAGACGCAGAAUUUAUUUACAAUAAUUAUCCUGAAAAAAUUAAUCACUUCAAUGGAACAGGCACCUCAAUGUGCAUAGCAGCAAACCGAAUAUCGUAUCAGUUUAAUCUAACUGGGCCUUCUCUAUCGCUGGAUACUGCCUGCUCUUCUUCCCUUGUUGCAUUGCAUUUAGCAUGCCAAGCCAUCAAACAAGGAGAUUGCGAGUUGGCAAUAUGUGGUGGUGUCAGCUGUAUCUUAGAUCCUCGUAUCUAUGUUGCUCUCAGUAAGGCAAAAAUGAUUUCUCCUGAGGGAACAAGUAAACCGUUUUCCAAAAAGGCAGAUGGUUAUGGAAGAGGAGAAGGAUGUGGAAUUGUGGUUCUUAAACCUUUAAAACAGGCUAAAGAAGAUUACAGCAAAAUCUGGGGAGUCAUAUGUGCAAGUUCAAUUAACCAAGAUGGGCGAUCAGUAACACCAAUUACCAAACCAUCUCUAGAGCAGCAGGAAAGACUCUUAAGUCGUAUCUACACAGCUAUAGAUCCAUGUUCAAUACAAUAUCUUGAAGCCCAUGGCACUGGAACGCCUGUUGGGGACCCAAUAGAAGUCACCAGUAUAGGAAAUACCAUUGGGAAAAAACAUCCAAGUAAAAUGAAAUCCUUAAAGAUUGGAUCAGUUAAAGGAAAUAUUGGACACACAGAAUCAGCUGCUGGGAUGGCUGGAUUGAUAAAAGUUCUGCUAAUGAUGCACCAUGAAGUGAUUCCCCCUUCUUUACAUUAUUCUAAAGAACUUGGAAUUAAACAAAUUGAAGAAUCCAAACUAGUUGUUCCAACAGCUCCUGAAAAAUGGCAUGAAGAUGUAAAAUUUGGAAGGAUGGCUGGCAUUAACUGCUUUGGAUUUGGAGGAACUAAUUCUCAUGUAGUUGUCAAACAAUACAAAGAGCAUAACUCCAAAUAUGACUCCAAAAGACCUUCUGAAAUAUUAAUUCUCUCAGCAGCCUCCAGCAAAUCACUUCAGCUAAGCAUUGAAGACACAAAAAAAGAGCUGAGCAAAAUGCCAUCAUCAAUAUGUCUGGAGAACCUAGUCUAUACUGCUGCCUGCAGAAGAAGUCAUCUUAAUUUCAAAUACAGAGCAGCAUUUCUGGCAUCUUCCUUACCUAAUCUUCAGAAACAGCUUCAGUCUGUAAAUACAGAGACACCUCCAGUCAUGAAAAGCCCUCAGAUUGUGUUUGUGUUCUGUGGGAAUGGAGUCCUUUCCAAAGGAAUGUGCAAGGUUUUGCUAGAAAAUGAAAAAGUGUUCAGAGCAAAAUGUUUAGAGGUAGACAAGAUCAUUCGAAUUUACACUUCCCUUUCCGUGGUACAAUUGCUAGAGAAUGAAUAUGAUGACUUUUCCAGCCCAGAUGUUGCACAGUUGUUGCUUUUUACCAUCCAGGUGUCACUAGUAGAUCUUCUUAAACAUUGGGGGGUGAAUCCAGACUGUGUUGUGGGACAUUCGGUGGGUGAAGUUGCUGCAGCAUAUUGUUCUGGUCUUCUUUCACUUGAAGAUGCUGUUAAAGUUAUUUAUCACAGAAGCAAACUGCAAUGUUCAGUCACUGGAGGAAAAAUGCUUGUGGUUGGAAAUGUACCAGUAACAGAAAUAUCAGAUGUAAUCUUGUCAUACAAUGGCAAAGCAUGCAUUGCUGCUUACAACAGUCCCUCCUCAUGUACACUUUCUGGAGAAGGAGAAGCUAUACAGCAGAUCAGUGAUCACUUGUCCCAACACUACAAGAAAAGGAAUAUUUUUCUCCAUGUUUUAGAUGUCCCUGCUGCAUACCACAGCCAUUUGAUGGACCCAAUACUAGAAGACAUAAAAGACAUUUUGCAGAACUUACCUGCUAAUAAUUUGAAGUGUGAGCUCAUUUCAACAGUAAGUGGUAAGCCGGCAACAAACGGAGAUUUUACAUCUGGAGACUACUGGGCCAAAAAUAUUCGUGAGCCAGUUCUGUUUGAACAAGCUAUAAAAGCUUCUACAAAUAACAAAGAAAACAUUGUGUUUAUAGAAGUUGGGCCUCGCAGAGCACUACAAAAAAACAUUGUUGAUAUCCUUGGACCAAAUACAACUGUUAUGCCUUCUGUGCAUCCAAAAAAUGAGUAUGAAACUAUUUUUUCUCUGUUGAUUAAUCUUUUCAAAAAGGGUUUCAGUCCAAAUUGGAACAAUCUUUUUUGUGAAUACAAAUCUCCUCCAUCUUACAUUCCAAGAUAUCAGUUUGAGCACAACAAGCAAGAUAUCUGUUUUGAAAAAAUUAGGCAAGGAAACCAAUCUGCAGCCUCUCUCAUUCAUCCACUGAUGCACAAUGUAAGUGCAGAUUUCACUGAGUUUAAAUGUACUCUUUCAAAAUCACUGACAUCAUAUGUUUAUGAACACAAGAAUUUGGGGUCUGCCCUUGUUCCUGGUGCAUUCUAUGUAGAACUUGCAUUAGCAGCUACAGUUACAAGCUUGAAGCCCAGGGUGCCCUUACACUCCUUGAAAAUCAGCACAACAUUUUUGAAUCCCUGUAUUCUUCAAAGAGAAUCUCAGGAGCUAAAUGUCAAGAUACACCAACAAGACCAAGUCAUUAAUUUUGAAAUUCUGACAUCACAUGUUUAUGCAACUGGGCAUGUGACACAUAACAACAGUGGAACAGACAGUGACAAAAGAAUUUACAUUCCGCAUGUUGUCAAGAGAUGUCAAAAUGUUUUAAAAACGGAUGAUGUCUAUGCAUUACUAUCCACCUUUGGAUUUGAGUAUGGGAAAGUCUACAAACAGCUGUGUGAUGUUCACUAUGGGGAAGAGCUGAAUGAAGGGAUUGCUAAGAUUAAAACUGAAGAAAUCAAAGAAACAAUGUAUGAAUACCACAUGCAUCCAGUGAUUUUAGACUGUUUCCUUCAAAUGGUUGGUUGUGUGGUUGGUUCUAGAAAAAAAGAACCUGCAGCAAUUUUUCCAUCUUCUAUAGGAAGCUUGAGGAUUCUCCAACCUCUUCAAGAAGAAAUGGUGAUCUACAUAAAACUGAUCGAUAUCGGCUCUUCAAGUCCUCAAGAUGUGGCAGCACUCGCUCGAGUUGUCUUUCAUUACAAACCAAAUGAUCAUCCAGAGCCUUCUAACAGCAAAUCCAAUCUGAACAAUAUGGUGUCCAGCUACUUUCUAGCACAAUCCUUACCGCUCAUUGAGUUAGACAAAAACACAAUUGCAAAGAUACCAAUGUCUGUCUCUGAUGCCGUUCUUUUUAGGCACAAUGCUGUUUACAUUGUGGCAGGUGGACUGACUGGCUUGGGAUUUGAAACAGUCAAAUUUAUUCUAAACAAUGGAGGUGGCCACAUUGUGAUUCUCUCAAGAAGAAACCCAAAUACUGAAAUGAAACAACAAAUAGCCAAAGCAAUGAGUGAAAAAGAGAACACUAAGAUAAAAACACUACCAUGUGAUAUAGGCCAUUAUGCUGAGGUGAAGAAAGCUAUUGAUUCAAUACAAAAGAUCUUCCCAAAUAUUCCAAUCAAAGGUGUCUUUCACAGUGCUGUUGUUCUGCAUGAUGGCAUGUUGGAGAAGUUAAAUUUGUCACUCUUUGAGAAGGUCCUGAGCCCAAAAGUUGAUGGUGCUGUCAAUCUCCACUGUGCCAUAUUAAACCAAAAACUGGAUUAUUUUGUAUGUUUUUCAUCUGUUGCUUCAUUUAUUGGAAACUACGGACAAGCUAAUUAUGCUGCUGCCAACUCCUUUCUGGACAUUUUCUGCCAAUACAGAAGAAAUCUUGGUCUUCCUGCCCAAUCAAUUAAUUGGGGAGCUCUGAAUACUGGGGUGUUAUUGGAUCAACCACAGGUUCGUAAGAUUUUGCAAGCAAGAGGACUACUUCUGUUAAAUGUACCAGAAAUUCAUGAAUACCUGAAGAAAUGUCUCUUACUAAACAAUACUCAGCAGGCAAUAGUCAAGUUUGAUUUUAAAUUGAUCUAUGACGGCCUGGCUUCACGCAUACCAGGUAUGACGAGGAGAUUGUUCAGUUUGGUGAAUGAAUAUAAGAACAACUUGGAUGGCAAAAACCAAAUAAAGCGAUCCAGAGUUAAUACACAGAAAUCAGGGGAUUACAUUUUGUCACUAGUAAGUGAACUCACAAUUGUCACUUUAAGUGACAUCACAAUGGGUAGCCUUCUGAGUUCUUUAGGAAUUGACUCUAUGUUGGCAAUGACAUUACAGCAACGUGUCUUUGAAGAGAAAGGAGUAAAUGUUUCUGUUGUCAAACUACUGGAUCCCAACACAACCAUUUUAGAUGUGGUCCAUUGGAUUAAAGAAAACUCUUCAGAUGAAGAAAAGUUUGUGGAGAACAUAAUACUGGACACAAAGCUGUAA